CUUCAUCGAUUUUGUAGCGAACUACUACGAAUAUAAAUCUCAAAAUGUCUGGUCGUGGUAAAGGUAAAGCAAAGGGCACCAAGUCCAAAACUCGUUCAUCCCGUGCAGGGCUUCAGUUCCCCGUAGGGCGUAUACAUCGUCUUCUCCGCAAGGGCAACUAUGCUCAACGUGUUGGUGCUGGUGCUCCAGUCUACAUGGCUGCUGUCCUUGAGUACCUGAGCGCUGAAAUCCUCGAGUUGGCCGGUAAUGCUGCCCGCGACAACAAGAAGAGCAGAAUCAUCCCCCGUCACUUGCAGUUGGCUGUCAGAAAUGACGAGGAGUUGAACAAGCUUCUUGGUGGAGUUACCAUCGCCCAAGGUGGUGUCCUUCCCAACAUCCAGGCUGUUCUCUUGCCCAAGAAAACCGAGAAGAAAAGCUCGUAAACAGUUCUAAACUGUUUGCAAAACAAAACAACGGCUCUUUUAAGAGCCACCACAUGAUACAAAAGUAAUGACAAAAUGCUUAAAAAAUGCUACAAGAUGCAUGGCGCUAAAUCAUGAAAGAACAACCGUUACGGUUUUGCCGCCAAAAAGAUAGCGCGACCAACGGUCUUCGUUGAAAGGUCCCUAAUCAUUCUUUAAUAAAAAAAACACAAAGUACUAGUAGUAAAUUCUAGGAAU